CCAUUCUUCUCUCCUUCUCUACCUCCGGAAGAACGAACCAAUCCGUCUCUCCUUUGAGACCCCCUUUGAUUCGGAACUUCCGUUUUUCUCUCCUUCUUACAGAACAAUGGCAUCUCACAUCGUCGGUUAUCCCCGUAUGGGACCCAAGAGAGAGCUGAAAUUCGCUCUUGAAUCAUUCUGGGAUGGCAAGAGCAGUGCUGAGGAUUUGCAGAAUGUGUCUGCUGAUCUCAGAUCAUCCAUCUGGAAACAAAUGUCUGAUGUUGGCAUCAAGUACAUCCCCAGCAACACCUUCUCUUACUAUGACCAAGUUCUUGACACCACUACCAUGCUUGGUGCCGUCCCCCCAAGAUACAACUGGAACGGUGGUGAAAUUGGUUUCGACACUUACUUCUCGAUGGCCAGAGGAAAUGCCUCUGUCCCUGCUAUGGAAAUGACCAAGUGGUUCGACACCAACUACCAUUUCAUUGUCCCCGAGUUGGGCCCUGAUGUGAAAUUCUCGUAUGCUUCCCACAAGGCUGUGAACGAAUACAAGGAGGCUAAGGCUCUUGGAGUUGAUACCGUCCCGGUCUUUGUUGGCCCAGUCAGCUACCUAUUGCUAUCCAAGCCAGCAAAGGGUGUUGAAAAAACUUUUGAUCUUCUAUCCCUUCUUGACAAAAUACUUCCAGUCUACAAGGAAGUUAUUGCCGAAUUGAAGGAAGCUGGUGCAACCUGGAUCCAGUUUGAUGAAGCUACCCUUGUGAAGGAUCUUGAGCCCCACCAAUUGCAAGCUUUCACCAAGGCUUAUUCUGAGCUAGAAUCAACUUGCUCUGGUCUUAAUGUUCUUGUUGCAACCUACUUUGCCGAUAUUCCUGCUGAUGCAUUCAAAACCCUCACUACCUUGCCCGGAGUUACAGGUUACACUUUCGAUUUGGUUCGUGGUGAGAAGACUCUUGAUUUGAUCAAGACCAGCUUCCCUUCAGGCAAAUACCUGUUUGCUGGAGUUGUUGAUGGAAGGAACAUCUGGGCUAAUGAUCUUGCUGGAUCUCUCAGUGUCCUUGAGUCUCUUGAGGCCAUUGUUGGCAAAGACAAGCUUGUUGUCUCUACCUCUUCCUCACUCCUACACACCGCUGUGGACCUUGUAAACGAGACCAAGUUGGACGAUGAAAUCAAAUCCUGGUUGGCAUUUGCCGCUCAAAAGGUGGUUGAAGUUAAUGCUUUGGCCAAGGCUCUGGCUGGUCACAAAGAUGAGGCAUUCUUUGCAGCUAAUGCUGCUGCUCAGGCCUCAAGGAAGUGCUCCCCAAGAGUGAACAAUGAAGCCGUCCAGAAGGCUGCUGCUGCUUUGAGGGGUUCUGACCACCGACGUGCCACCAAUGUCAGUGCCAGACUGGAUGCCCAGCAGAAGAAACUCAACCUUCCGAUCCUCCCCACCACCACCAUUGGUUCUUUCCCUCAAACCAUUGAGCUGAGGAGAGUUCGUCGUGAGUACAAGGCAAAGAAGAUCUCCGAGGAAGAGUAUGUUAAAGCCAUCAAGGAGGAGAUCUUUAAAGUGGUCCAACUACAGGAAGAGCUUGACAUUGAUGUUCUCGUCCAUGGAGAGCCAGAGAGGAACGAUAUGGUUGAGUACUUUGGUGAGCAAUUGUCCGGAUUUGCCUUCACUGCUAACGGAUGGGUACAAUCUUAUGGAUCUCGAUGUGUGAAGCCACCAAUCAUCUAUGGUGAUGUUAGCCGUCCCAAGGCCAUGACCGUCUUCUGGUCCACCAUGGCUCAAGAAAUGACCAAGCGCCCAAUGAAGGGUAUGCUCACCGGACCAGUCACCAUUCUCAACUGGUCCUUUGUUCGUAAUGACCAGCCCAGAUUCGAAACUUGCUACCAGAUUGCCUUGGCCAUCAAGGAUGAAGUGGAGGAUCUUGAGAAGGCUGGAAUCACUGUCAUCCAAAUCGAUGAGGCUGCUUUGAGAGAAGGAUUGCCAUUGAGGAAGGCUGAGCAUGCUUUCUACUUGGACUGGGCUGUCCACUCUUUCCGAAUCACCAACGUCGGAGUCCUCGACACCACCCAGAUCCACACCCACAUGUGCUACUCCAACUUCAAUGACAUCAUCCACUCCAUCAUCAACAUGGAUGCCGAUGUGAUCACCAUUGAGAAUUCUCGAUCCGAUGAGAAGCUUCUGUCAGUUUUCCGUGAGGGAGUCAAGUACGGUGCUGGAAUCGGACCCGGUGUGUAUGACAUCCAUUCCCCUAGAAUACCAUCCAUGGAGGAGAUUGCUGACAGAAUCAACAAAAUGCUUGCAGUUUUGGAGACCAACAUCUUGUGGGUGAACCCCGACUGUGGUCUCAAAACCCGUAAGUACGGUGAGGUCAAGCCUGCUCUUGAGAACAUGGUUACUGCCGCCAAGAAGCUCCGCAGCGAGCUUGCGAGUGCCAAGUGAGGGAAAGAGGAGUUUGGGUUCAGCAUCUGUAAACGAAUAACUGUGGUUGUUGUUAGGUUUUGUGGUUGUUGAGGAUUGGCAUUUUGCUUGAUCUUGUUUUAGGGGCUUUUGUAUUUUUUGUUGUUGAAGAUAUUAUGUACGUUGUUGAGGGGCUUUGCAUACAUGCCCCUAUUGAAUCAAUGAAUGAAAAACUAAAGAAGCUAUUUUGUUCAUCAAA